AUGGGAUUCAUGUUAAACAUCCUGUACAAUGCCAGAUGUGAAAGGACGCGCAGUUCUGACAACAGGGCGCGGGCACCUACCCCCCAGCCAACCCAGUCUUGUGCACCCCCUCCUGCCACCCCUUUGAAGUCAUUCCAUUGUGAUGCCACCCCGGUGGCAUCACAAUGGAAUGACUUCAAGGAUUCAGACCCAGCUGCAGAUGACCUCGAAGACUUGUCCUUUAUUCUUCAAGAGGACUCCACCCCUCAACAGGAACAGGGGGCCGCAGGUCCUGUCAGUGCUGCACAAGAGGACUCAGCCCCCCAACAGGAACAGGGGGCCGCAGGUCCUGUCAGUGCUGCACAAGAGACUGAUGCUCCUCGUGAAGAGAAUGAAGGCAGCACAUCUGCUUUAUGCUCUUACACUAAAGAUGGCAAGAUGCACCUUGCCAAUGCGGUGACUAUCCCCAAAGCAACAUACGACACACUUAUGGCUGUCGCGAAAGACUCCCACUUCGUCAAGAGGGCAGCAUCUGCCAUAUGGUCAACGGAUGUCUUGGCCCAGCGAAGCUUCACUGGGACGCUCUCUAACAGAUGCCUAUCAGAAGCAGGAGACAAGGAGCCUCAACAGCCACUCACUCCCCACAAAGUAGAGGCUGUCAGAGUAUUCUUCAACCACUAUGCCUCAGCAAAAGGGUACUCCGAUGAAGAGAGAGCAAGAGCUUCAAAAAAUAUAAGGCUCUGGCUGUCACAGAAGACAUCUGAACUAAGACGAAAGAGACAAAAGUGA